AAAAACUAACGAACAACAAACAAAAAAGAAGUGUGGCCUUAAAGAAUAAAGCCUCAGAAAUAUCUUCCAAAGUUGAUUUACACCAAAUUACGUAGAAAGACAUGCUGCUAGUCUCAGCCCAUCUGAAAAAGUGACAUCUCUCAGGAAGUGGCAGUCAAAUGAGCUUGGUUGCGUUGAGAGCAGCACUUCAGAACUGCAUGGGUGCCACUGGAGUAAACGUCUCUUCUCUUGUCAACUCCUCGACCUCUUUUCACCAUGAUAAACACCUUUCACAGUAGCUACAACCCCCCACCGGUGCCUCCACGCGCAGGAUACAAGAAAGCCCAGCCAUCGGGAAACACACCUUUAGUCAAGUUUUUGUCAGUGAUGCUACUGCUGUUAAUGACACUGACCUUCGGAGGCUUCCUCUACCUGUUCCAGAAAGUCAACGGGGAACUGCAAUGGGUCUAUCAGGAAGACACGGCGACUCUGAAGAAACUACAGCAAUGUGCGAAUGGCAACAGGGCACAAGAAUGUCAAAUUCUGAUAGAAAAAGUGAAUACUGUAAUGGGAAAGGUUUCACUGGAAAAUGGAACAUUUUCUAAGUUUACCGGAGGACCUUCGAGGAACGGACCUGCUGCACACAUGGUUUUCCUGAGUGAACACAAUGAGAAAUAUAAGGAAUCAGAGGCCUUGAGGUCAAACAGUCUUCUUUGGGACAAAGAACGUUCACUGCUACAAGGCGUCCAGAUUACCGUCAAAAGGGACAGGCUAACCAUUCAAACUCCCGGAGUCUACUUCAUCUAUUCCCAAGUCACCUUUUCCAGACGGGCCACUAAAAAUCCACUAAAGCAAACCAUAAACCGAUCAGGACCAAAAAAUGAGAACAAGGAAUUACUCAAGUCUUUCUGCACCUUGCAUGAGAACACAGAAGAAAUGUGUACGGCAUCAUCAGCAGGAGUGUUUAGACUGGAGAAAGACCAACAAGUCUAUGUUACAGUAACAGACAGAUCCCUGGUAAACAAGAAGUACUGCUGGUUUGGAUUAUUCAAGCUAUAGUAAUGAAGACUUUGGAACUGAAUCAGUCACAGGGGAGAUGGAUGAUACUGAUAUUCAGGGAAUUGAUUGGAUUGAGGCACUAUAAUGACAUGGAUAAUUAAACAGUCAUGUAUAUGUGACGUCCAGAUGAGAACAAACCCAAAGAAAGUCACCACAUGAAGCUCCUGUUUUCCUGCAUGCCAAACCACAAUACAAAUUUUGGAUUAAUGAAUGUGGAAACGUCCUGGAAUUUGCUUUCAAUUAUUUUGUUCGUUGCAAAUACAACCUAAUAGGAUUUCAUGAAUGUUUUUAAUCCACUCAGUGGCAGUGUUUGUAUCAAACUAUUUAUUGCUUGUUUGGAUUUGCUUUAGCAGUUUGUUCUUUUUUAUAUAAUGAUAAUAAUAAUAAACUAUUGAACUGAAAAUAAAAAGUAUUUAUUCAGGCAAAUGCUUGACAAUUAUAUUUUCUUAUAGAUUAUUAAAUAAUUUUUCUUUUUAAAACAGCAAUGUAAUGUAUGUGUGUGUGCACAGAGAAUUAUAUCAAACUGAAGAAAAAUGAUACAGAUAGAUAGAUAUACAGAUAAAUAUUCUUACAACUGCUAUAAUUGCAUGUAUAUGCAUAGCUAAAUACAUAUUUAUUUUUAAUAUUUUAUUUUAAUAAGCUAUCAGUGGCAGUGUAUGUAUGAAACUAUUUAUUGCUUAAUUGGACUUUUUACAGCUUGUUCUUUUUUACAUAAUGAUAAUAAUAAUAAUAAAUU